CGAGAGUGGAAGUGGGUUUUCGCAAAUAAGAGGCAAUCAUUUAUAUUAGCGCAAGUGCAGUACACGUACACAGAGUGAGUGAGAAUCGGUUUGUUUUGUUGCUGCAGUUGGAAGGAUCAUGGUAACAGUAGCCAUGCGACAGUCGAUUUGUUUGGUUGUCUUGGUGGUCGUCGGCGUCGCGACGGCGGCGAAACCCGCGGUCCGCGCCAACUUCGACGAGGUCAUCGAGGUCGACCUGGACGCGAACAGCGGGAGCGUCAACCUGAUGUACCCCGAAUCCGACACGGAAAACCCGUACAGGUUAAAUGUAUGGAGCGAUGACGCCUACACCGAUCACCCGGUCCUGGUGGUAGUAAAGCAAGAGCGUCGCGUCACUUCUUGGGAAAUCCCCCUGGUGGUGAAUCGAAGGAUUGGGCAACCCGUGGAAUACAGGAACACUUCGAGAACUUUGUGUUACGACACGCAGAAUGUCAUCAAUAGAUUCCCAUCAAGAAUCGGAGGACACCAGGUGGUUAAAAAGAACUUCACUGUAACCUUGGAGACGACCUGCACGAGUGGAGUUAAGGUGUUCAUCCAGGCCGUGGAAGUUAAACCCUUCUUCAUCACUGACGAAUUGUUUUACGAGGCAGAGUUCACGCCUAGUCAACCUGUAUUCUUCUCAUACACUUCUCCCAAGGAUCACGAUCACAUCAAGACUACUUUGAUAAAUGUAACCUCUUCAAGCAGCGAUUGUUUCCUGGUCUCCGUGCAACAGAAAAUGUGUCCCGUCUUCGAACUGAAUGAUGACAUCCGUUACCAAGGUAAAUACCAAACGAUCAAAACCAAAGGCGGAUUAAUUCUAUCGAAAAGCGGAUAUCCGGAUGGAUUCUUCCUGGUCAUCGUUGCGAAACCGGAUAACGCGGAAUGCGAUGAACGCAAGGAUGUUGAACCGUUUUCUUUGGGGAUUGUGUCUGCAGUCAGAAACACAACACGCGUGACGUUUCAGGUGAGGCCCGGGAAGACCAGCGAAGAAUAUGUUGAAGCCAUCCUUACCGUGUUCUUCGUAAUCCUCGCGGUAUGCGCCCUUUUGAUCAUGGCGAAUGUUGCCUUCUACUAUUACGGAAGAUACCGAAAGCAUGUGAUUGAAAUUACCGAGGAAGAGGACGACGAUCAUGAUACUUACAAGGGGGAUGUGGUUAGGACCUACCUGGAAUUGGGUGAGCUGAAACUGAGUCACUUCAUCAGGGCGGGUUUCAGUAGGAAUCGCGCUCGCGCUCUUAAUUACUUCUGGCACAUCUGCAACAUCGCAAUCUUCUAUGGUAUCCCAGUCAUCCAACUAAUGGUCUCAUACCAAAGAGCCGUUGAUGUCUCUGGUAAUCUUGAUAUGUGCUACCACAACUUCUAUUGCUCACAUCCGUUCUACUUCACCGACUUCAACCACAUCUUCUCGAACGUCGGUUAUGUAAUUUUCGGUAUUCUCUUUAUCGCCGUUACAUUCUUUAGGAGCCGUAAAACCAGGAACUAUCGGAAUUGCGGUGUUCCUAAACUAUAUGGCAUGUAUUAUGCCAUGGGUUUCGCUCUGAUCUGCGAAGGAUUCUUAUCCGGAUGUUAUCACAUAUGUCCAAACCAAUCUAAUUUCCAAUUUGACACCAGCUUCAUGUACAUCAUGGCUGUCUUAAUCUCCGUAAAGCUAUACCAGAAUCGUCAUCCAGACAUUAACGCCAGUGCUUAUGGAACCUUCUCCAUAGUCGGAGUUGCCGUCCUCAUAGCGAUGUUCGGCAUAUUAUACAACAGCGUUAUUGUCAUGGUGAUAUUUGUAAUAUUCUACAUAUCGCUGUGCCUGUUUCUGUCCUUCAAAAUCUAUUUCCUUGGUCACAUGAUCGCUGGCAUCAAGCGGAUGUUGAACGCCUACUCCGAGCAAAAAAGCGUGCUGAAGGCGCUGAGACCGUUGAGAUUAAGAAUUUUCGUGAAUCUCAUCAUUGUGAAUAUUAUUAACGUGGCUAUAGCUGCUGUAGGAUUCGCUACAUAUCCAGAGAGCACUAAUUUCGGGACGUUCCUGCUGGGAAUUCUUCUGCUGAAUGCAGUUCUUCAUGCUAUUUUCUAUGUCUCUAUGAAGUUGAUUUGUGGAGAGAAGAUUUGCACUGAAGCCAUCAUGUACGGAGUGCUCAGUAUAAUUAGUUGGAUCAUAGGAUGCUAUUUCUUCGUUAGCGCUGUUACCCAAUGGGCUAUGACUCCAGCACAAUCUCGAGGUUUGAACGAGGAGUGCAUUUUGCUGGAUUUCUAUGAUACCCACGACAUCUGGCAUCUGGUCAGCGCACCGGCUCUAUUCUUCUCCUUUAUGUUCUUGAUGACGCUGGACGAUGAUGUUUUCGAUAAACCGCAGGACGAAAUCCACGCCUUCUGAUUGCAAUAAGAAAAAAAAAGAUGAUGAAGAGCGAACAAAUGAACAUAUCAGAAGGAAUGAAAUAUGUGAAUGAUCCGGUGAGAUCACGAUUCCCAGAACAAAUCAAAUUCCAUCGCUGCCAAUCGAUUUAGCAGAAUUGUCGGCGAUUUUAUAUGUAGCUUUAAUAAUAAUUCUAUUUUAUACCACGAUUUUAUGUACAAAAUAAUAAAAAAAAUAUAUAA